AUGGAGGGGGCCAGGCCCCCAUCGCCAGGAGAUGAGCUGGAGCUCUCGGUGAUCCAGGGGCAGCCAGACGAGCAGACGCCUCUCAAUGGAGCCGUCCAGGGCAUCUUUGCUCUGGAGGAGGAGCCCUGCCCAGUUCAGGCUGACAAGGAAAGCCCUUGGAACUCCUGUAAUAAGAACUUGGUUGGAAAGUGCAAACUGUGGAUGGUCCUUGCCUCUGUUUUCCUAGGUUUCGUUAUAGUCAUCACCAUAAGCUUAUGUCUGACUGGAGUAACCUAUGUCGAUGAGGAUGAAAAUGAAAUACUUGAAUUGUCAUCUAAUAAAACAUUCUUGGUCACGCUAAAGAUUCCAGAGGAGUGUGUUACUGAAGAGAAAUUGCCUGACCUGCUCACGAAAAGGCUCACAGAUGUGUACAGUUCAUCACCAGCUCUGAGCCGUUACUUUACUUCAGUUGAAAUCAUAGACUUCAGUGGUGAAAACGCCACAAUAACCUACCACCUGCACUUUGGGUUUCCAUCGGAAGACCACAACUUUAUGAAGUAUGUGAUGAGUGAGGAGUUGGUGCUGGGUGUUUUGCAGCAGGAUUUCCAUGAUCAGAACGUGUCCGGUUGUGAGACUCUGGGGCUUGACCCAGCGUCCCUCUGGCUCUCUGAAUGA